UAAGCGCUGAUGCAACACAUUGACAGUUUCAUCCGGCGUCGACACGUUGUGGACCAUUCAAGCCCAGUACCCCUAGUGCCCACAGGUCCACGCCAGCAUGGCCGAGCAGCUCAGUGCAGAGCAGAAGUUUGAGCUCAUCACCAGGAACCUGCAGGAGGUCCUGGGUGAGGAGAAGUUGAAGCAGGUGCUUCAGGAGCGGGAGCUGAAGGUGUACUGGGGCACGGCUACCACAGGGAAGCCACACGUGGCCUACUUCGUCCCCAUGUCCAAGAUCGCCGACUUCCUCAAGGCCGGCUGUGAGGUCACCAUCUUGUUUGCGGACCUGCACGCCUUCCUGGACAACAUGAAGGCUCCGUGGGAGCUGCUGCAGCUGCGGACGCAGUACUACGAGCAGGUCAUCAAGGCCAUGCUGGAGAGCAUCGGCGUCCCUCUCGACAAGCUCAAGUUCGUCAAGGGAACCGACUUCCAGCUCAGCAGGGAGUACACUCUGGACGUGUACCGACUCUCCUCCAUGGUAACGGAGCACGAUGCUAAGAAGGCCGGCGCUGAGGUGGUCAAGCAGGUGGAGCACCCGCUACUGAGUGGGCUCCUGUACCCAGGACUGCAGGCUCUCGAUGAGGAGUAUCUCAAGGUGGACGCUCAGUUUGGGGGAGUGGACCAGAGGAAGAUCUUCACCCUGGCUGAGAAGUACCUGCCGUCUCUGGGCUACGCUAAGCGCGCCCACAUGAUGAACCCCAUGGUGCCGGGCCUCACCGGCGGCAAGAUGAGCUCCUCCGAGGAGGAGUCCAAGAUCGACCUGCUGGACAGGAAGGAGGAGGUGAAGAAGAAGCUGAAGAAGGCGUUCUGUGAGCCCGGCAACGUGGAGAACAACGGGGUGCUGUCCUUCGUCAAGCACGUGCUCUUCCCCCUCCACUCAGAGUUUGUGAUCAAGAGAGACGAGAAGUGGGGCGGAGACCAGGUCUACAAGGUGUUUGAGGAGGUGGAGAAGGACUUUGCUGAAGAGAAAGUGCACCCUGGCGACCUGAAGGCGUCGGUGGAGGUGGCGCUGAACAAGCUGCUCGACCCAAUCAGGAAGAAGUUCGAGUCUCCCGAGCUCCGCAAACUCUCCAACACCGCCUACCCAGCACCCUCCAAGCACAAAGGAGGAGCGAAAGGCGCUAAAGGUGGAGGAGGAGGAGGAGGAGGAGGAGGAGGAGACGAUGACCAGGUCAUUCCCUCCAGACUGGACAUCAGAGUCGGCAAAAUCAUCAGCGUGGAGAAGCACCCUGACGCAGACUCGCUGUUCCUGGAGAAGAUUGACGUGGGGGAGGCGGAGCCGAGGACGGUGGUGAGCGGCCUGGUGGCCUACGUUUCCCAGCAGGACUUGCAGGACCGGCUGGUGGUGUUGCUAUGCAACCUGAAACCCCAGAAGAUGAGGGGCAUCGAGUCCCAAGCCAUGCUGCUCUGUGCCUCUGUUGAGGGUGACCCCAGGAGGGUGGAGCCUCUUGACCCCCCAGAGGGGUCGUCGCCAGGGGAACGGGUGUACGUGGAGGGCUACGAUUCAGGCAAACCCGAUGAUGAGCUGAAACCCAAAAAGAAGGUGUUUGAGAAAAUACAGGAGGACCUGAAGAUCUCUGGCACGUGUGUGGCUCAGUGGCAAGAAAAGGACCUGAUGACAAAACUGGGCCAGAUCACCUGCAGAACUCUCAAGGGCGGAAACAUCAGCUAGACACACACACACACAGACACAAACACACAAACACACACACACACACACACACACACACACACACACACACACACACACACACACACACACACAGCCAUUCCCAUAACAACUGUCCUGCCUCACACUCAUCUGUCCGUAGCAAAUCUAUUUACUGUCGUGCCGGUCCUGCUUGGCAUCACACAACCUGAGAUCAGAUUGAUAGUCGUCCAUCUUGUCACGAAAGCUGUAAUCAACGCCUGUCGCUCAAACAUUUCCUCCACACCUAAGUGCGGUGGUGAGCGGUCACCUGGGACUCUCUUACUUGUGCUCACCUGCGGGUGGAGCAAGUAGGUGUAGGUGUAGGUGUGUGUGUGUGUGUGUGUGUGUGUGUACGGCAGUACAGGUGUGUGUGUGUAUGGGACAGAACUGUAAGCUGUAUAUAACUCCAUUGAUCUCGACUCAUAGGAAUACUGUGUGCUUCAGGACGCUGGGGAGGGGGAGGGCCUGUGUGUGUGUGUGUGUGUGUGUGUGUGUGUGUGUAUGUAUGUGUGUGUGUGUGUGUGUGUAUGUAUGUGUGUGUGUGUGUGUGUACGGCAGCACAGGUGUGUGUGCUUCAGGACGCUGGGGAGGGGGGGGCGAGGGCCUGCACUGGACACUGCUACGCUGUACUGGCUCCAGCUGGACAUGAGAUGAAGCGGCUCAUUAUAACAACUACAUGAAAUAAAAUGGCUCAUUAUACAAAC